GGCAGCCAAUAGGGGCGCUCGGACCGUCGGCGGCUGCCGGGUAACAUGGUUACGUGUCAGAGAGUAACAAUCAUGGAACAUGGAAUAAGGCGAAAGAGGCAGCCGCAGCAGCCCCAGCCUCCCGGAGAGUCCAUGGUGCAAUGAAUCCCGCUGCGACCAGAUUCAGCCCACAAGAGAAUAAACCCAGCAGCACUCACGCUGGCUAAUUUUAGCUAAUAACCACUCUGCCUGAUUGCUGUGGCAGCAAGUGAGAGAUGGAUAAGGUUUCCUUGUUGUGGCAUUGAACUAUAUACAUACUUCCUACUUGGACUGCUCUCGCAAUUCAAACCCAUCAUGACAGGCUCUACUUCCAAUGCCCACCACUGCCCCCAUCCCAAGGGAGCCAAAGGGGGCCGGUCAAGGAGCACCCAUGCACGGCCUGUCAGCACUGCCAACAACGGGGGCUCGGAAGAAGAAGACAAAGAUGGAGGGGUGCUUUUCCUCGUCAAUAAAAGUGGCUUCCCUAUUGAUGGGCAAACCUGGGAGAGGAUGUGGGUGCAUGUGGCAAAGGUGCACCCUGCAGGCAGAGAGAUGGUGGAGACAAUAAGGAAUGCUGCAUACCUGGCUAAACCUUCAGUGCCGCCAGUGCCAAACUACAGGCUCUCCAUGUCUAUCCCAGAAUGGCUUCAAGCAAUACAGAAUUACAUGAAGAUGCUGCAAUACAAUCACACAGGAACUCAGUUCUUUGAAAUUAGGAAAACAAGACCUCUAAGUGGGUUAAUGGAGACGGCAAGAGAAAUGACCAGGGAAUCCUUACCUAUCAAAUGCCUUGAAGCAGUUAUCCUGGGGAUAUACUUAACCAAUGGGCAGCCUUCCAUGGAACGAUUCCCAAUCAGCUUUAAAACCCACUUCUCAGGAAACUAUUUUCAUCAUGUGGUGCUUGGGAUUUACUGCAAUGGCCGGUACGGGUCACUGGGCAUGAGCAGAAGAUCAGACCUGAUGGACAAACCUUUGACCUAUCGAACUCUGACCGAUCUCGUCUUUGAAUUUGAAGAUUCCUAUAAAAAGUAUCUACAUUCAGUCAAAAAAGUAAAAAUUGGAUUAUACGUCCCACACGAGCCACACAGCUUUCAGCCCAUUGAGUGGAAGCAGCUGGUCCUCAAUGUAGCAAAGAUGAUGCGGACGGACAUAAGGAAGGAGCUGGAGAAAUAUGCCAGGGAUAUGAGAAUGAAGAUUCUAAAACCCUCAAGUGCCCACUCUCCAAUCAAAGAGAGAUCACGAGGCAAGUCACUGUCCCCUCGCCGAAGGCAAGUCAGCCCUCAGAGACGGGUGUGCAGAAGAGACAAAUCGCCUGCAGUGAUGGACAAGAAAGGGGGUGAUCUCACUACAUUGAAUGAAGUGGGCUAUCAACUACGCAUCUAACAAAGCCAUAGGCCAGAUGGAGGGCUUCCAUGGUGCUUCUCACUGCACAUUACCCUAUGCUCCGUUGAAAGAAAGGGGGGGUGGGGGAGAAGAGAAACCGGGACUAUUUAUUAAGAACUUGUGGAUUUUAUUUAAAGUUUCAUCUAGAAAAUAGAAAUUCUAGAAUGAUGGCAGUAUUAUUUUUUUAAAUUCGUGACAUCAAUGAAAAACUAAAUUAUCGACAGGAUUUCUUCCCCUCAUCAAAUAGGAGGGAACCACUGUGUGUUUUUUUUUUUUAAUUAAAUAAUUGUUUCUAAUCUAUUUAAUUGGCUUUUAAUAUUGUGCUCCAUUAGUAGUAUUAGGAGUGGUGAUGAAAUAUUUCUCGUUAGUGUUAACGUGCUGGGGUGCAGUCGGUUUAAACAUCAAGUCAAUAUUAAUUUUUAUUCAGCAAUAAAAAUAGCAGUGCAGAGGUGGAUGUGACUUUUUAAAGUGUAUUACCUCAGUAUACAAGAGAUAUGCAAAAUUGACAAUUUUAAUUUUAUAACCAAUUUGUACUGUUUUCCAGCAUUUCUGGGAGUACUAUGUAACUGCAUUAGAUGUACCCCGCCACUCUUUAUUAUGUGCAUGCCUAUGAAAAAGUGUAAGGUUUGAUGCAAGUGUCUUCUUGAAAGCACUGCUGUCUUAGAAAUACAGAGAACCAGUUGAGGUUUCUGUUUGGGUUUUUUAAUAACUGACCAACAAUGAAUUUUUAAAAUUUCAUAAUUUUUUUAAACUUUGUCACAAGCUUUUAAACUUUGCAGACUACAGUGUUAAAGCACAAGACCUGGAGAUCAUUGUUUUGUAGAGGCUAGCAUUUGCAUUGUAUUAACAGUCAAACUGUGUGUUCAGUCUCAGACUCACAAGGAAAUGUCAGAAUCAAUAGGCUUCCUUGAGAGUUUAUUUUUCUAUCCAUAUUUGUGUGUAAUUUUGAAUCAUUUUGUCUUUUGAAGGUUAAACAGUCUAAGGUGGUGAUGCCUUUGUGUCUUAUAUUAAGAUCAGACAUCACAACUUAGUUAGGGAAGGUUCUCCUUUAUAUGCAUUACAGUGACCUUUAAAAAGAGAUUCUUGUUAGAGUAGGCGUAGCAAUAAUGGUUGAUUUUUCACAUAUUUUUCAAGAACAAGUUUGUUUAUUCCUCCAUCCUUAUGGUGUCCUUUUGCUGAUGGAUUUAACUAGCACUACGGAUGUAUGGCUGGCUUUUCAAACCAGCUGAGCUCCCAUUUAGGGACCUAAUGGAAGUAGUCAGAUUUUUGAAGUGGCCAGAUUUUCAAAGUGCUCAGCACCCAGGAGUUCUCAUUGAACUCUGGGAGUUAGUGGGUGAGGAGUACUUGAAAGUUUAGCCACUUCAUUUAGGUACAUAUAUGGGAGCUGAGCUGUUUUGAAAAUCUAGCCUGUACACGGUAAGUCAUGCUUUUUAAAGUUUUAAAAAACAAACAAGCCAGAAACAUGGGGCACUGGUGCCUUUUGUCCUUCGGAUUUUCUGAGGAGAUGAGGUGGAGAGGUAAAGAAGACGACAAACAUAAUACUUACUAGAAUCUUACUAAGGCAUUUGGGCUUUUGGAACACUGUGAAUGAGCCAGUGAUGAAAUGGAUACAGAAGCAGAUGCCAACAGUAAUUUGAAGAAAACAUAGUCCUGCAUGGGAAAGCUUUUCAUACUGUGUAGUGGGCAAAUACUUAGAUAGCACAGGACAAGAUGACGAUACAAAAUAAGUGUUUCUGUUAUAAACGUUAAUAUAGCUUCCAUUAAAUAUAGCUUUCGGUUUAAUUCCAGUUAUACAUGAGACAAUUCAAAAGACUCCAAUAUACCUCUAUCAUACGAGAUGUAUAUGAAUAAAGCUUUAAUAUUGUGAGAAGUAGGAGCCCCAGAUUUUUAAUAAAUAUUUAGCUGUUAAAGAGAAGUCAGUCCCCAAAGUUGGAAUCGGAUUUUCCAUGACCUUGCAGCUUGCGUAGUCAUUUUUAGAUGUGCGUGGUGUAAGCACGACUACUCACUCUACACAGGUGUGAAUGCAGGUGCAAGGUCAUAGUCAUUUUGGUGGGGCAGAGAGAGGUGAAUUUUAUUAUAAAGUAAAAGUACUAAGGCAGUUGAUUUACUGUAAUGUCAGAUGGAAAAAUUUCCCAAGCAAGCUAUUGCAUAAACACUGAAUAAUGUACUGAUCUGUUGUCUGGCCUUUCUUAUGCCUGGAGGAAGAGAACAUGACUUUAUAAAAAGUCGUGGAAUUUUUGCAAUACACAAUCGUGAAGUAAGCUACAAAAUGACUGCCAGACUGGGGGCCCUUAAUUUAGUCUCUAAUCAGCCCUGGCAGGUCCUGCUGCAAUUGAACAGGGCUCCACUGAAACUGGCUAGGUUUGCUGCAGAUAUGUUUGGAGCUCAUUGCAAGCUUGAGGCUAUGUAUUUCCCCACUCUUUUUAGUUCCCUUCCCCCCCCCCCCCCAAUACCAAACAGACAAAAACCAGCUGGUAAUUUCUUUUCCUAAUUCACAUUUCAUUUUGGUUACUCAAAACGAUUCCCCCUCUGUCUGAAGAACAGCAGCGGUGAUGAUGACCUGACUGAAUUUAGAGGAUUUCCUUUUCCUGAGUUCUGGAGAGGGUUCCUUGCAGUGAAACAUCAUUACAGCCCACAACCUUUUUGUUUUGUGUAUUUAUCAAGUCUUAUUUGCUUUAAAAUAGGUUUUGACUAGGAUGGGGUUUGGGGGGGGAGGGAGGAGGUUAAGUGCCGGGGUAAAGAAUGGGAAAAAUCAUGGUUUGUAUUAGUGUAAAUUUUUAAGCCAUUAUGAUUAUCAAUAGAAUUUCAGUUCUAAAAUAUGUACUGCUCAGUGUUUUGUGACCUUGUAAGCAUCAGCCAACUGUUAGCUUACACAACAGGUUCCUCAUUAAUGAAGUGAUAAGGAAAAGAAGGUUUAGUUAAGCAACAGAAGCCUUGAUUUUAACUGCACUUUGGUGCCAUUAGAAUAUACUUGAUUUUGAAAAAAAAUGUUUUUCUACAGUACCCUGCCUAUUUUGCAUUUCUUCCAACUUGAUGAUGCGGUUUUACCGGCAUCCAGAGUAUUUUAGGUUACAUGGUUUAUCUGAACGUCUAACUUACUACACCGAAGCUUUUCUAAGCUAUAAAGCUGUGACAAAUUAUUUUGUACCUGGUUUGUUUUGAAGUAAUUUUAUUCAUUCUCUUUAAAUUUGCUCUUGCACUUGCAUUUUUGUCUUACCUUUAAAACUGAUUCCAACUGCCUGUUUUUCUAGCUCAUUGCAAACUUGUCAAAUGGUAUUCUAGAAGAAUACAUGUGCAUGGUUCCAGGUCUUGCUUUUCUCAUCACUUGUAUGUUUAUGUGCAGCAUGGAACUUUAAUAAAAUGUCUUGGUCUUUUUUUU